UCCCGGAAUCAUUUAGUAACCUCGAAAAUUUAGAAAUACUAAAUCUUAUGGAUAAUCAGCUUUCUGGUCCAAUUCCUGAAGUAUUUGGAAAACUGAAAUUAGUUACAUUAGAUAUUAGCAACAAUAGUUUUACUGGUAAUUUACCUCAUGAUAUCUGCAAUGGUGGAAGACUCGAGAGACUCAUAGUUAUCGAUAACGAUCUAUCAGGUCAAAUCCCGAAAAGCUUGUACAACUGCACUAGCUUGAUCCGACUACGGCUAGAUGGAAACCAGUUCACUGGAAAUGUUUCUGAGAGCUUUGGUAUCUACCCAAACAUCAAUUACAUAAGUCUUAGUGAUAACAAGUUUUUCGGUGAGAUCUCAGAUAACUGGAGUAAGUGCAAGAAUUUAACGGCGAUACAAAUGGGUGGAAAUCAAAUUAGUGGUAAUAUACCCGCGUCCCUUGGAGACUCUCUUCAAUUAAAAGAACUUAAUUUUUCUUCAAAUGAUUUGGUUGGAGAGGUACCGAAAGAACUUGGAAGAUUGUCUCGAUUAGGGGUACUUGUUUUGAGCAAUAACAAACUUUCUGGCGUCGUACCUCUAGAACUAGGAUCACUUGGUGAACUCUCGUUGCUAGAUCUAUCCAUGAAUGUGUUGAAUGGAUCCAUACCGUCUUCCCUUGGGGAUUGCUCGAAACUUUUUAACUUAAACUUGAGUACUAAUAGAUUUACUCAUGAAAUCCCGGCUCAAAUAGGUAGAUUGCGUCAACUAUCUAUUCUUGACCUGAGUCUCAACUCGCUCACCGGUGAGAUACCUUCGGCAUUUUCAAGUUUAAGUAGUCUGGAAAACCUCAAUCUCUCACAAAAUAAUCUUUCCGGUUAUAUUCCAAACAGCUUAGAAUCGAUGAGUGCCUUGUCGAGUAUUGAUCUAUCAUACAAUCAGUUAGAAGGUCCCAUUCCUAAUAGAAAUGUUUUUAGUAAUGUUUCUAUAGAAGCGUUGCGAGGUAACAAAGAUUUGUGCGGAAAUGUAAGCGGAUUGAAACAAUGUGCGUCAGGAACACGUACCCUGAAUAGAAAUCAUAAACUAGCUCUCAAGAUUUCACUGCCACUCCUUGGAGCUCUUUUACUCGGCGGUUCCAUUGGAAUUUUCGUUUAUUAUAGAUGUAGAUCAAAGAGAACAUUACCAACACAUGUGGUAGAUGAAGAUAUACAUAGUGAUGAUUUCUUUGCAGUUUCAACAUUUGAUGGAAGGGAGACUUACCACGAAAUCUUAAAGGUAACCAACGAAUUUAACGAAGCAUACUGCAUAGGAAAAGGGGGAUCCGGAUCCGUGUAUAAAGCAAAGUUGGCAUCUGGUGAUAUUGUAGCUGUUAAGCGACUUCACUCUGACGACCAGUCCUCUGAGGUGAGCAAUCACAAUGAUUUUCUCAACGAGAUCAGAGCGUUGACAAGAAUACGACACAGAAAUAUAGUACGCCUAUAUGGUUAUUGUUCGCACGUUAAAAACUCAUUUUUGGUUUACGGGUAUCUUGAAGGAGGUAGUCUAGAUAGCCAUUUGAGAGACAACACUGCUCCGGAUUUAGAUUGGGCUAAAAGGGUAAACAUCAUCAAAGGUGUUGCUUACGCUUUAUCGUAUAUGCACCAUGAUUGUUCACCCCCUAUCGUUCACCGAGACAUAUCAAGCAAAAAUGUUUUGCUUGAUUCGGAUUAUGAAGCUUGUGUGUCAGACUUUGGUACGUCCAAGGUUUUGAACCAAAACUCGUCGAAUUGGAGUAACUUGGAAGGAACAUAUGGAUACCUUGCACCAGAACUCGCUUACACAAUGAAGGUAACGGAAAAGUGUGAUGUGUUUAGCUUCGGGGUUCUAGCGUUGGAAGUCAUCAAAGGAGAGCAUCCAGGCGAUAUCAUUACUUCUCUAACAUCUCCAUCGGCCGAGAAGAUUGAGAUGAAUGAUCUGUUGGAUCGUCGUCUCCCAGAACCACUCCCGGAAAUAAAGAAAGUUCUAACAUACAUUUUGAUUCAAGCAAUAAGAUGUGUAAACUCGAACCCUGAAAUUAGGCCAACAAUGUAUGAUAUUUCUCAGGAAUUCGCACAGUUGAUUUGAUACAUGUCUAAGGGUGAUAAUAUAUAGAUAUUUAGCAAUAAGAAAGUUAUAGUGUUUUCUUUAUGGUUAUUCAGUU